AUGUUUUAGGAAGUCUCAUUAAACUAUUUUAAAGUACCAAGUUCAAAAUAUGAAGAAACAUAACUAUUGGCAAUCUUGGAUUGUUCAGGAUCCAUGUAUAACUGUAAAAUAUAAAUUUUAUUUUAUAGAUUGGCAAUAUGUGGCAAAAUACUAUAAUGAAAUAAGGAGUAAGGUAAAACUGCAUUGCGCAAUUACAUUUGAUACUAAAGUAAAAAGUAUUCCUUAAGCUGAUCUUACAAAUAAUAUUAAUACUUAUGGUGGAGGAGGAACAAACAUAACAGUAGCAUUCUUAGAGUUAAACAAAUUGUUGUAUUCUCUAAAAUAAAAGAAGAAUGUUACUGUUUUAUUUGUCUCUGAUGGAUAAGGAGAAUUUUCAAAAGAACUUAUAGAUAAGACAAGGCCAGCCAUAGAAAAUUUAAAUUUUAUUUGUAUUGGUGUUGGCAAAAAUUUUCCUACAUUUAUUUCAAUGAAUUUAAGAGAAUUAUACCAUAAUGGAGAUAGAUCUAUUCCUCCAUUAUUUUUGGUUGACAUAAGUGAUUAAGGAAUUGAUUCAAUAGAUAAGAGAUUUUAAAUUGAAAUGCUAUCUGCAGCUGAAUAUAUGAAACAUCAAAAACCUAUAAAGAUUUCACCUUGCUAUUAAUUUCCUUGGGAUUAAAUUACAGAAUUAGUUUGGCCUGAUUCUUGGGUCUCAUUUUAUUCUGAUGAGUUGGAAACAGAAAAUGGAAAAUUAUAAAAAAUAGAAGUAAAAGGAGAAUAAAUUGGAUUAAUUGCAGGUUAUUGGUUAUAAAAUUUAUAAUUAAUGUCUUUAAGAAAAAAGGUAGCAUAAGAAGCUUAAAUAGCUUUGACUGAAUUAAACAAAUUCAUUUUUGGGAAAAAAUUAACAUUUUUAGAGAGAGUAUAAGAAUAGAAAUCAGCACUUAAUUAAAUAAUUUAAGAACUUAAGUUUUUGGCAUCUGCUUAAACAUUAUAAGAAUUAGAUGAAGCAACAGCUGCAUAAAGACUUAAAAUUGGAACCUAAAUUGGAAAGUAUCAUAAUAAAGCUUUGAAAUUUGCAGGUGUAUCUGUAGAAGCAUUUUAAACAUACAAAUAAGAAUUUAUAACUAUGAUUGAAAAGACUAAAUUUGUAAAUUAUGAUUUUCCAGUUUCAAUACUUUCCUUAUAAAAUUAAGUUGAUAUUUUAACAGAUCCAGAUUUAAUUGAAGGUGUUAAGAAUUGUGAAACACAAUAUCAUCUAGUAUAAUCUCUCCCUAUAAUUGGAUAUGCUUUGUAUGUAAAAAGAUCAGAUCAAUCAAGAAUCAAUCCAUAUACUGUUGAAGUACUUAAUAUUGCCAAGAUUAAUAAAUAUAUUGAUUCAUUAGCAAUUAUAGAUUCUCCAAAUCAUGAAGUUGAAUUUAAUAUUGGAGAUAAUGAAAAGGAAAAAUUUAAUUGUUUAGUUCCAUUAUAUCAACAUGAAAUUCUUAUUCCUUUUUUAAGAUCAAGUAUAUUUCAUAUUUAGAUGACAUUUGUAUUAAUGGAAAAUGCAGAUACUUGUUUCGAAAAUGCUUAUGCUGCAUUAUUAGGCAAUACUUUAUUGUAUAUGAUUUGUUAAGAGGAAAACUAAUGGAAAUAUGAGAUGAUUGAAUUGAUUAAUUCUAGUUUUAUGUUGGCUUAUUCAGAUUCAGCCAAAAUUAAAUAUCAUAUGGAUCAUUUAUUAUCAGAUCCAAUAGGAACAAUGGCUGAUGAAAAUUUGUAAACAAAAACAUAAUGUGAAGAUUUAUCAAAAACUAUUUUGAUGUUAAAUUAAAUAAAGAAUAAUUUCAAAUAAGAUUAAUUUAAGAUGAUAAUAUAACGACUAGUGAUUGAAGCUAUCUGUAGAAUUACAAGAAAUCAUUAAUUAUUCAAAACAGUAAUGGAAGUUGAUUUAUAAUUGGAGAAUGAGAUUAUUAAUAAAAUUAAAUCAUAAUUUACCAUAGAGGAAUUGGAUAAUAUAUAAGAUUUUCAAAUAUUGAAAUAAAAAAUAGAGGAUAAAAUAAAAACAUUAAAUAUUGAUUUUAAUACUUUAAUAUGUAAGAUGGAAUUCAAUAAACCUUAAUUUUUAUAAAUAAUUAAUGAACAGAAAUUUAAUAUAAAGACUUUGUAAUCAAUUUAUAGGUAUUUUUUGAAUGAAGAAUUACCAGAAGAACUAUUUAUUAUAGCUACUUAUCAUUCACGAAUUGAAAAAUCUUAUGAUAGAUCUAAAAAGGAAGUUGAAUGGAGUUUGAAUAAAAUUUUUAAUGAAUUACUUAUUGAAGAUCAAAUAAAAGAAAAGUAAAAGUCAAUAUCUCAAACUGUAUUUGAUUAAUUAAAAAAUUAAUGCAAUUAUCUUAAAAUAAAUAAUAAAAACAAGAAUAAGAAUAAAGUAUAGGGUAAUAGAAUUCCAAGAGUAGAAAGGAGAAGAAUUAGAAAGUAAAAAUUACGAGAAUAGAAACUAUUAUAAUAAUAAGCAUUUUAAUAGUAAUAGCCAUGA